AUGGAGGUGGAGCUUGAACCCAUGGCCGCUUCCAUCGGCGUCACAGUCCCCGUGCUCCGCUUUCUCCUCUGCUUCGCAGCCACCGUUCCUCUCAGCUUCCUGUGGCGCAUCGUCCCCGGCCGCCUCCCUAAGCAUCUAUACUCCGCCGGCGUCGGCGUCUCCCUUUCUUACAUUUCCUUCGGUUUGUCUUCCAACAUGCACUUCUUGGUCUUGAUCAUGAUUGGUUACUCCUCCAUGCUCCUCUUUCGCCCCCGAUGCGGCAUCCUCACCUUCUUCCUCGGAUUCGGUUAUCUCAUUGGCUGCCAUGUGUAUUACAUGAGUGGAGAUGUAUGGAAGGAUGGUGGCAUCGAUGACACUGGGGCCUUAAUGGUGUUGACCCUGAAGAUCAUCUCUUGUUCGUUUAAUUACAAUGAUGGAUUGUUGAAAGAGGAAGAAGGUUUACGCGAAGCCCAAUGGAAAUACAGGUUGACGAAGUUACCUUCUCUGGUUGAGUACAUUGGUUACUGCCUCUGCUGUGGGAGUCACUUUGCUGGUCCUGUCUUUGAAAUGAAAGACUAUCUUGAUUGGACUGAAGGAAAGGGGAUUUGGAGCAAAGAAGCGAAAGGGCCAUCACCAUCACCAUAUGGAGCAACCAUUCGGGCUCUUAUCCAAGCUGGUUUUUGCAUGGCUUUGUAUUUGUAUCUAGUCCCUUAUUUUCCUCUGUCCAGGUUUACAGAGCCUAUAUACCAAGAAUGGGGAUUAUGGAAAAAGUUUGGUUACCAAUAUAUGUCCGGCUUCACAGCACGUUGGAAGUAUUAUUUCAUUUGGUCGGUUUCAGAAGCUUCUAUUAUCAUCUCUGGUCUUGGUUUCAGUGGUUGGGUGAAUUCGUCUCCACCAAAGCCAAGAUGGGAUCGAGCGAAGAAUGUAGAUAUUUUAGGUGUUGAGUUCGCAAAGAGUUCUGUUGUGAUUCCAACUGUGUGGAAUAUUCAAGUCAGUACAUGGCUUCGUCAUUAUGUUUAUGAGCGGCUUGUUCAGAGUGGUAAGAAACCCGGAUUCUUUCAGUUACUUGCUACACAGACCAUCAGUGCUAUUUGGCAUGGGGUGUAUCCUGGAUACAUCAUUUUCUUUGUUCAAUCGGCGUUAAUGAUUGCUGGUUCAAGAGCCAUUUACAGAUGGCAGCAAGCGAUGGCCCCAUCAAUGGCAAACGCAUUUGUGUUUUUGAAUUUUGCUUAUACACUUGUCGUUAUAAAUUACUCUAGCGUCGGUUUCUUGGUGCUAAACCUGCACGAAACUCUUGCCGCGUUCGGAAGUGUGUAUUAUAUUGGAACUAUUCUUCCCAUUUUAAUGAUUCUUCUUGGUAAAGUAAUCAAACCCAGGAGGCCUGGAAGAUCCAAAGCUCAAAAAGAGCAAUGA